GUCGACUUCAUCCUUCCUCUCAAGGUAAAUCUUCAUCAGUUUCAAUACCAGAUUUCCCCCAAGUCAACUCUCGUAUCUAGGGCACCAAGCUACCCUUUUCCUCCUAUCUCCCCCCCUCUUCAAGCUAUUCCCAUUCCCAUUUGCUUCCCAAGGAAUUUCAAGUACAGGCAGCCUUUAGCUACUCCUGAGUCCUUGUCUUAACCGCACACAAACCCGGUCAAGACUUCCCCGCGCGCAACUCAAACCACCGUUCAAUUCUCUCCACGCUCAACUCCGUUGCGUCCUCAGCCAUCAAGAUGUCUACUGCCGUCGAGAACACUACCGACAACGUCGCCUCUGCUCCCGCCACUACCGCCCCCGAGGCUACUACCAACGGCACUGCUCCCGCCCCUGCGCAGUCCACGGACGCUGCCGCUGCCAGUGCCGAUGAAGGACGUCGGUUGUACAUUGGGAACCUCGCUUAUGCGACCACUGAGGGGGAGCUGAAGGAGUUUUUCAAGAACUACAAGAUUGAGAGCGUCUCCAUCCCCGUGAACCCUCGCACCAACCGUCCCGUUGGCUACGCCUUCGUGGACCUCGCCACUGCCCAGGAGGCCACCGCUGCUAUUGAGGAGCUGUCUGGAAAGGAGAUCCUCCAGCGCAAGGUCUCUGUGCAGCUUGCCCGCAAGCCCGAGCCCGCCGAGGCCAAGGCCGAGGGUGCUACAAGUGGCGGUGAGGGUGCCAGCGGUAACGAGGGUCGCAAGAGGGCUGGUGGCCGUGGCCGUGGCCGCGGUCGCGGUCGUGGUCGUGGAGGCCGUCUGCCCCGUGCUGGUCGCUCUCAGGCCCCAGUUCAGAACGGUCAGGAGGCUGCCGAGCCCACCAACGUUCCCGGUCAGGCUGCUCCUCUGACUGAGGUCACCAACCAGAACGAGACCGCUGCUGCUGCCGAGUCCAAGCAGGCCGGUAAGCCCCGUGCUCCUCGUCCCCAGAAGCAGCGCGGUCCUCCCGAGGAUGGUAUUCCUUCCAAGACCAAGGUCAUGGUCGCUAACCUUCCUUAUGACCUGACCGAAGACAAGCUCAAGGAGAUUUUUGCCGACUACCAGCCCGUCUCUGCCAAGAUUGCUCUUCGUCCCAUUCCCCGUUUCAUGAUCAAGAAGCUCCAGGCUCGCAACGAGCGCCGUAAGGGCCGUGGUUUCGGUUUCGUCACCCUGGGCUCCGAGGAGCUCCAGAACAAGGCUGUUCAGGAGAUGAACGGCAAGGAGAUUGAGGGUCGUGAAAUCGCCGUCAAGGUCGCCAUCGACAGCCCCGGCAAGGAGGACGACGCUAUCGCCCCUGCUGAGGCCGAGACUACUGAGCAGGCGACCGAAACUCCGGCUCAGGAGAACGCUGCUCCCGCUGCUGCUUAAAUGACAAUCUCGUUCCCCACCUGAACGAACACACCCCCGUGGAAACUCGGGGGAUCGAUUGGAGGAGGUGAAGUCGGGACCCGUCAUCUGCAUGGUUUUUCAUAGUGGGCGUCGGCAGGAGGCCAAUUUCUUUUCCGCAUGGGGAGAAAGGCGCAAGAGCAGAAAGGAAAAGUUCUAAAGCCGAAAACCUUUGACUAUUCUUCCUAUUUGAUCUGGUCCUAGGGGGUUCAUUAUAUGUUAUAUCCGGAUACCCGAAAGGGAUUCGUUGUUGGAGAUGAAAAUGCCGUAAUGUGAUUGUCUGACGGAACCUGACCUUUGCUCACGAAUCUUGCCAUUCUGCCACACUGUAUCUUAGCAAUAUUUAUUUAGCUUAUGAUUAGC